UGAAAAUGCCUCGUGUAAAAGCAGCUCAAGCUGGAAGACAGGGCCCUGCAAAGAGACGUCUUGCAGAACAUUUUGCAGCCGGGGAGAUAAUCACUGACAUGACCAAAAAGGAAUGGAAACUAGGAUCACCCAUUGGCCAAGGUGGCUUUGGUUGUAUAUAUCUUGCUGAUACGAAUUCUUCAAAAUCGGUGGGCAGCGAUGCACCCUGUGUUGUAAAAGUGGAACCCAGUGACAAUGGACCUCUUUUUACUGAAUUAAAGUUCUACCAGCGAGCUGCCAAACCAGAACAAAUUCAGAAAUGGAUUCGUACCCAUAAACUGAAGUACCUGGGUGUCCCUAAGUAUUGGGGAUCUGGUCUACAUGACAAAAAUGGAAAAAGUUACAGGUUUAUGAUAAUGGAUCGCUUUGGGAGUGACCUUCAGAAAAUAUAUGAAGCAAAUGCCAAAAGGUUUUCUCGGAAAACUGUCUUGCAGCUAAGCUUAAGAAUUCUGGAUAUUCUGGAAUAUAUUCACGAGCAUGAGUACGUACACGGAGACAUCAAGGCCUCAAAUCUUCUUCUCAGCUACAAGAAUCCUGACCAGGUGUACUUGGUAGAUUAUGGCCUUGCUUAUCGGUACUGCCCAGAAGGAAUUCAUAAAGCAUACAAAGAAGACCCCAAAAGAUGUCACGAUGGCACGAUUGAAUUCACCAGCAUCGACGCGCACAAUGGUGUGGCCCCAUCAAGACGUGGUGACUUGGAAAUCCUCGGUUAUUGCAUGGUCCAGUGGCUUAGUGGCCAUCUUCCUUGGGAGGAUAAUUUAAAAGAUCCCAACUAUGUUAGAGAUUCCAAAAUUAGAUACAGAGAAAAUAUUGCAGGUUUGAUGGACAAAUGUUUUCCUGAGAAGAACAAGCCAGAUGAAAUUGCUAAGUACAUGGAAACAGUGAAAUUACUGGAUUAUGCUGAAAAACCCCUUUAUCAAAAGUUACGAGAUAUUCUUUUGCAAGGACUGAAAGCUAUAGGAAGUAAGGAUGACAGCAAACUGGACCUCAGUGUUGUGGAGAAUGGAAGUUUGAAAGCAAAAACAAUAACAAAAAAGAGAAAGAAAGAAAUAGAGCGGAGCACACAACCUGGUGUUGAAGAUAUGGAAUGCUCAGAUACACAGACAGAAGAGGCCACACAAACCCGAGGUGAGGGGUCCCGAGGGGCAGUACCUCAAAGCAUGUCUCAGCCAGAGGCGGCGGCGGCGGCGGCUCUGACAGUGAGUGGGAGCAGAGUUAAGGAGCGUUUAUGGAGACAGAGUAAUGUUCCUGCUUAGACUCCCUUACAUCUCAGCCCGGGAGACUGCAGUUAGGGGAGGGCCUCCAUGGUUCCAGUGAGCUUGACACCCAUUUAGGCCAAAGCCAGCUCCCAGCUGUGCACGGGGACGACUCAUGCGUCUCUUCGUGCCUGGAGGUCAUUUGUUAUCUGCACUUUGCUUAGUGAGCAUCAGAGGUAUUUGUUUUGAUACAUACGUGAUUUUAAAUUUGACUAAUUACGAAAAAUGUUUCUUAUACCUAAAAUUUUACUUUAAGGUCCUUAUACUGAUGGUUUUUACUGUGAGAAAAUAUACUAGUAUUUUUGUUUUAUUUAUUAAUGACAAAAGAAGAGAGUAGACCCCAUGACUAAUUUAAGGAGAAUAAUCCAGGUUUCUUUUUGAUAUUAAAAAAUGAAGAUAAAAAUAAUCAAAUUCUCUUUUAUUCAUAUAAACUCUACAUUGCUUUAAUUAAAUACUGUUAUUUUCCAAUUGUAAUUCUUUUUCCCCCCUAACAUAUAAGGCUAAGUUAAGGUAUUUUACUAUGUAAAUAUUCAUAAAUGAGAGAACUAUUACCUGAGAUAGUAAAAUGUUAUUGCUUCUAGCAAAGAAAACUAAAGCAAUCCAAGGGGUCAUGAAACUGUAUG